AUGCCUCAGGAUAUGCCCCCCAAGGGCGGGUACGAGCCCGUCCAGUACAAGCGCAACCUGCCUGCCAAGGGCUUCCGGCCCGGAAUCAUGCUCCUCGGAAUGGGUGCUGUGAUGACGUACGGCUGGUACAAGCUGAUCGUCGGUAUCCGCGAGGGAAAUGAAUUGGCCCGUGAGAAGAUGUGGGCACGCAUUCACUUGACCCCCCUCCUUCAGGCCGAGGAGGACCGUGACCAGGUUCGACGAUACUGGGCCGACCAGGCCCGCGAGAAGGAGCUGAUGGGCGAGAACUUCAAGGUGUACAACUCAGACAGGUUCGUGCGGCCAACUUAUGCCGUGACCCCCCAGCCUACGAAAUAG